AUGAAACACUGGAUCAAGGACCUCGUGUCCCAACCCCAAUCCUCCCAACUAUUGACCACCACCACUACCGACGACUCUUUCGCUAUCACAUCCAACAAUCAGACCUAUACUCCUCGCAAAAGAACGGGAACAUGCUUCCUCCUCAUUCUCGCCGCAAUGGUCGUCUGGCUCAGCGGCAUAGUCAUGGGCAUUCUCCUCGCGCAGACCAAUGCUCUCCGCCCCAAUCAGGCCGAAACAGCACCCACCAGCACAAUCCCUCAGAUGAUAAUCACCACGCACACAACGCAGAAAGUCCAACAUAAUCCGGCAUUUGAAGCCCCUCCGCCCACGGGUGGAGGGGCCGAGCCGUAUCUCAUCCGUCGGGCCUACUACGCUCCACACAACCCUCACUCAAACCCAUCAAGUGAAGAGAAAGCCUCCUUCGACACGGGGGUUGACCGGCCUCCGCAUGUUGGUCACUGUUUUGAUUACCUCCGACAGAGUUUGAUCUGUACCGCCGAUUCGCGACUUGAACCUGCUACGCAGAAGGCCAACGGAAAUCCCACCUGGGGGUUUGAGAGAGUGUGUUGGGAUUUCGAGGAGGUGAAAAACUGGGCGGGGAAGUGGAAGGCGUAUGAUAUUAGUGGGAGCUUUGUGCCGUUUUCUGUGGAGGAUCAUCAUUUCUAAGCAGAUUGAGAAUUGGUUUUUUUUUUUAUUUUUUAUUUUGGUAGGGCAAGUGGGGAUAGUUGGGAUGGAUAUUCAUAACGG